AUGCCGACCCCCAAACCCCGGAUCCUGCACAUCGGCGACCCGAUCAAAUACAACCACGACAUCUACGCUCGAUUCUCAUCGCAGUUCGAAAUUAUCCGCCCCGAGACCGCCGACCGCCAGCGCGACGCCUUCAAGGCAGCACUUAGAGAAGGAAAAUGGGGCUCCUUCGACGCCAUCUUCCGGCCUUUUUGGAACACCGGCGGGGAGAUGGGUCGGUGGGACCGCGAGCUCAUUGAGCUUCUACCCAAGAGCAUGAAGAUUGUUGCGAGUGCGGGCGCUGGGUAUGAUUGGGUUGAUGUGGAUGUUUUUGCUGACCAUGGAAUCCUCUACUGCAACGGCGCGGCCGCCUCCUCGGAAUCCGUGGCGGACAUGACCCUCUUCCUCAUCCUCGCCGUCUUCCGCAACCUCGCCUGGUCGCACAGCGCCGCCAUCAGCGCAAACCCGCAACGCUUCCUCGACGCACACCAAAACUCCCCACUCACAGCCCGAAACCCCUCCGGUCACUCACUAGGGAUUAUCGGGCUCGGCGCAAUCGGGUACACGAUUGCCAAGAAAGUGUACGCGGCGCUGGGGAUGAAGAUUCUCUACCAUGAUUUGUUCAGGAAAAGUGCGGAGGUCGAGAAGAGCGUUGGUGCGGUGUUCUAUCCGGAGCUGGAUAGGCUGUUGGGGGAUGCGGAUUGUGUUGUUGUUGCGACGCCUUUUGCGGGGCAGACUUUGCUUACGAGGGAGAAGUUUGGGAAGUUCAAGAGGGGUGGAAGGUUUGUGAAUAUCGCGAGGGGGUCGUUGGUUGAUGAGGAGGCGUUGGUCGAGGCGCUGGAUCAGGGCCUGCUUGGUGGAGUCGGCAUGGACGUACAUGCGAAUGAGCCGUAUGUACAUCCGAGGUUGGCGAGUCACCCAAAGGUUAUGAUGAUGUCGCACAAUGCGGGAGGCACGGUGGAUACGCACAUUGGCUUUGAGAGAUUGGCGAUGGAGAAUAUAGAGAGCUUCUUACUGAAGGGGAAGGCAUUGACGCCGGUCAAUGCGCAUCUAAUCAAGCCCAAGAGUGUGUUAUAG